CGUUCAAAGGGCAGGUUAACGUUACUCGGCACCAAGUCGCUCCGUCUUGUCCGUUCGACCGAAAAGCACGCGUGUUCGGAAGCUGAGUCGAGAGAUCAUUGGCUGAGAUAAGUCCGGUCCAGAUACCGAUUACGAGUAUUUCGAAUUUGUCAAAACACACACACACACGCGCGCGCAACGGUGAAAAGCGAACGGAAAUAUAGAAAUAAUUCAGUGUUAUGAUAGUAAUUGGUGAUCGCGAGUCGGCCCGUCGCGUUCGGAGUAAGAAGAUCAUCCUGACGCCGGAUGCGAACAGGAUUGAGGAAAGGUAGUGAGUAGCGCGUCCCGCGGAAGUGAUGAAACGUGUCGAUUUUGUGUUCUUCUUGUUAUGGUUUCACCUCUAGCGGGACUCUGCAGUUGUUAUUCUCCCAAGCGACGAUUUUUCUGUUCCAAGCAUCCUUGCGCCGAGACCUGAUCUCUCGAAUUAAUUCCGCCCGCUGUGUGCGGACAGAAAUUCGAACAUUCGCGGCUCGGUGCUUCGUCUCUGGAUAUUUGUGACCGCUGUUGCGUCCCAACGCUCCCCCACGUGCGUGUGAAGCGAGGUGAUAUCGGAGCCGAUUGUGUAAACACAGAUGAAAACCGCGUCGAUAAGCAUCGGCUAAACAUUGAGAGAAGAUAUCCGGUCGACGCUGUUUAUUUUUCAAGGAUAUCGAUUCAGUGUGUCUGUGCGAGGCGUAAAGCGAUCGCGGAACCGUGUAUAAAAGUGAGUGACAAGAAGUUGGAACCGUUCGAAGAUUCCCGCCGGUCCAAGAAACAGAGGAGGAACGACGGUGUGACGCAAGAAAGGAACAACGAGCGCUCGGCGACCGGUUCGCUCGCCUUUUGAAAAACCUCACGCGCUGCGCGGUGGCUGCUGGGUAACGUGGCUCGCUGCUUAGGCGCGCAGCCAGCGCUCAAAGGGCAACAGCCGCGCGCUGUUCAAGGGCAGCGUGAGAGCAGAGAGCGCUGAACGGUUCGGCGCGUUGCUGGUUUCUUUCGGUGAUCGUGCGCGACUCGAGUUUUCUCUUGAAAAGUGGUUGUUUGAUCGUUCGUUUCUCUUUGAUCGUUGCCGGAUUCUCGGGUUAUCUUAUCGCCGCGUGGUGCCAUGCGAAACGGGAUUGGACUGAGAGAAGGAAUCGUAGUUUAGAGGGAAAAGGAGCCGGUAUAUAAGGUGUCGGUAAUUUGGUGCAGGGUGCGUGCGAGAAAAAUGAAACGCCGUUUACCGGAUGUUAUGAUCCUGAUUAGGGCAGCUGUUUUAGCAGCUGUUCUCACACAGCUUGGGGCCUUUGCUAGCCGACCCGCUGGCGCUCAUCCUGGACAUGCUUACUUCGAACAGCCAUGCUGCGGUCACUCGCAUCUUCGACAUCAUAAAGAACACGUGCGAGAGUUCAGCUGCGGGAUGUUGUACUACAGAACACUGUAUCUGGAUAGUAAAAAGGACGCUCUUUACGUCGGUGCCAUGGACAAGGUCUUCAGAUUAAACCUGAGCAACAUUAGUCACUCAAACUGCGAGAGAGACGCUCUGAAUCUGGAACCAAGCAACGUGGCCAAUUGUGUGUCGAAAGGAAAGUCAGAGCAUUUCGACUGCCGCAAUCACAUCCGAGUAAUACAGCCGAUGGGUGAAGGGAAUCGCCUAUACAUGUGCGGAACGAACGCUCACUCGCCUAAAGACUGGGUGAUAUACAGCAAUCUGACGCAUCUACCGCGGCACGAGUUUGUGCCAGGUGUUGGUAUGGGGAUAGCAAAAUGCCCGUACGAUCCUGCGGACAACUCGACAGCCGUUUGGGUGGAGAAGGGAAAUCCUGGCGAACUCCCAGCUCUCUACUCCGGAACGAACGCCGAGUUUACAAAAGCCGACACGGUCAUUUUCCGGACUGAUUUGUACAACCUGACCACCGGACGAAAGGAGUUCAGCUUCAAACGGACCCUGAAAUACGAUUCGAAAUGGUUGGACAAACCAAAUUUCGUCGGAUCGUUCGACAUUGGAAGCCACGUGUUCUUCUUCUUCCGCGAGACCGCAGUCGAAUACAUAAACUGUGGUAAAAGCGUUUACUCGAGGGUAGCACGCGUGUGCAAGCGAGACACCGGCGGGAAGAACAUUCUCGCCCAGAACUGGGCGACGUAUCUGAAGGCCAGAUUGAACUGUUCAAUCCCUGGGGAAUUUCCAUUCUACUUCAAUGAGAUUCAGAGUAUCUACAAAGUGCCAGGUGAUGACACGCACUUUUACGGGACGUUUACGACGUCGACAAACGGUCUGAUGGGCUCGGCCAUCUGCUCAUUCCACAUCGACGCGAUCCAGGAGGCGUUCCGUGGAAAGUUCAAGGAACAGGCGACCAGCAGCAGCGCCUGGCUACCCGUCUUGUCGAAUAAAGUACCCGAGCCCAGGCCCGGCCAGUGUGUGAACGACACAGAGACACUCCCUGACACCGUCCUCAACUUCAUCAGGUCACAUCCGUUGAUGGACUCGGCGAUUUCCCACGAGAACGAGAAGCCCGUAUUCUACAAACGUGACGUAAUGCUCACUCGGCUGGUCGUCGACAAGCUGAGGAUAGACUUCGUCGGCAUGGACCUCGACUACACGGUUUACUACGCUGGAUCCAGCGACGGAAGAGUGCACAAGGUAGUUCAAUGGCUCGAUGGAAACGGAGAGUCCCAGUCCAUUCUCUUGGACGUAUUCGACGUGACUCCUGGCGAACCGAUCCAGGCGAUGGAGAUCUCGAAGGAGCACAAGGCGCUCUACGUCGCCUCCGACCAUCGGAUCAAGCAGAUCGAUUUGGUCAUGUGUUCGAGACGCUACGACAACUGUCUACGUUGUGUCCACGAUCCGUACUGCGGAUGGGACAAGGACACCAACACCUGCAAGCCGUAUGAACCAGGGCUUCUUCAGGACGUUUCGAACAGCACCGCUGACGUCUGUGACAGCAGUGUUGGGAAACGGAAGCUCGUCGUUACUUGGGGCCAGUCGGUGCAUCUGGGCUGUUUCGUAAAGAUGCCCGAAGUCCUCGCUAAUCAGGAGGUCAGGUGGUACCAUUACAGCAAAGAGAAGGGGCGGUACCAAAUCGUCUACAAGUACGGCGCUGGUGGUGACAAGUUCAUCGAGACAUCGGAGAAGGGACUUGUCAUCGUUGGAGUGAACGAACAGGACGCUGGUCGUUACGACUGUUGGCUUGGCGGUGCGCUGCUUUGCUCCUACAACAUCACCGUCGACGCUCACAGGUGUUCCGCACCGGCAAAGUCGAACGAUUAUCAGAAAAUAUAUUCCGACUGGUGCCACGAGUUCGAGAAGUAUAAAUCGGCAAUGAAAAGCUGGGAGAGAAAGCAAGCGCAAUGCGCUUCACGGCAGAACGACAGUAAUCAAAACGUUCACACUAACGAGGUCUACGGUUCGUCCCUGGUGUGAUGAAUCGACGGCUCAAGCGCCUUGACUAACUUGACGUUAAAUAAAAUACCGGAGGUUAUUGUCGAGCAGGCAAGCGUUGACGUACCGUUAAAGAACGUUGGUCCAAGUACGGAUAGUGACGAGUCCCUAAAAAUUUUCAUGAUAAUAACCGGAGCCGUAUCGUUGGCGGUUACCGGGAGUGUAAAUUGAAAAGGAACUGAGUGAAAAAACGAUUGAAUAAAAGAAAUGAAAAUAAAUUUAACAAUGGUAAUAAAGCUAAGAAAACACCGGUGAACAUUAUGAGAUUAUACGUAAUGAGCAUGUGCACCGAAGCCAUUCACUCUCUCUUUCUCUGUCUCUUGAUGGCUUCUGAUUAUAAUUGAACCUUUGAACCUCGAAUCACAAAUUUCUUGAAAACAAUUGCCUGCUGUAAAUAUAAGCCUGUAUCGAUACAGUGUGUAAACACGGCUUUUGGUAUGAGUGUAAAUAUAUCGUUUUAUGAUGCCAAAUUUUAGUAUCACCGUAAAUUGUUAAAGUGCACAGUUUUUUCGAUUUAACCGGACACGCGUUGAAUUGUGUCAAACGAAACAGAGCGAAAAAAAAAAACAAAUGCUGACAUCGAUUUAAUCACCAAAAUCAACAAAAAAAAAAAAAAAAAAAAAGAAUAAAACAAACGUGUGCUGUCACCGAGCUUAUCACGCUCGACUA